UCUCUCUCUCUCUCUCUCUCUCUUCCACUCACUCCGCCUUCCCUCCUCCUCCUCCUGCCUCUCUGCAGAUGUGGUCGACAAGCCUGCAGGUUCAAACAGCACAGGACGCUUACAGGACAAUUUGGGGGACAACAGACAGCUGAGGGGGUCCCGGGUCGACCUGCUGGUGUGUUGAGGUAUCCCUAAUGAAGUGUCCGGUGAGCGCACAGUCAUCUUGUUAAAAAGGACAAAAGGGUGCACGGCGCCCCACCCUCUAACAGCAAAGGGAACAACGGGGAACUCGUCCCGGUUGCCUCUGGUCAUUUGCGCUUUUGUGCCAACCACUUUGUACUGGGGCAGACAAAUGGAGGCCCUCUCUGUGGAUACAGAGGAGAGCGCCGAGGAUACCUCAGGACCACUAAAAUCCAGAAUGAAGUCGCUGAGGACUCGACUGUUUGUGAGAAGCAAGCGAGCAGGAGAGGAUUUCAGCACCAAGUUCAGCCAGUCGGCCAGUGACAUCCUUGCAGGGAAGACGCUGGGAUCCGAAGAAGACUUGACAUACCCCCAGGGAAUUAUGGGAUCUCGAGCGCUUUCCCACGACAGCAUCUUCUGGGCCGACCAGGUGCAGACAGACGACAACGACGACGACGGCGAUCCCGUCACGGUGUUAUCGCAAGAGAAUGUUCACAGCAAAAUCAAAACUUUGCAGAUGAAGCUUCAGCAGCAGAAGAUGCAUCUGGGACCGCCUCCUCUCGUUCUGACAAUCAGGCGGCAAGAGCAUGAGGGCGGACGCUCCGAGGAGCGCCUUCCUCCUCACAAGAGCCCGGAACUUUCUCCUGUGGAUGUCCCAACCCACGGAGCCCUCAGGAAGGUGCGAUCCCAGCCAAAUUCAUGUCCACUCUCCCCCAUCUUCAAACCUCCAGCUUCCAAAUCUGGAGCCGCCGCCGCCACCACACUGUCCCCGACGUUCAUCCCGCCUGGCCCCACUAUCACUUUACCUUGCGAGCCCCCGUUGGACUUCAGCGCUCCGGCACAGUUCACCCCUUCUUUGGACACGUCCGCUGCCAGACACCGCAUGUCCGUCAAGCCCCGGAAUCAGAGGGCCAGCACCAAGAGGAGGGUGGCUGAACGGCCUGACGUGAAGGUGCAUGACAUGAACAACCAUCUUGAACCUGUGACGGACGAGCACGCGAGCGAGGAAGUGAUACGGGAGGAAGAACAACCUCGAAUCAACGCGGCCCAACAAUCCUUGCCUAAAGCCACCCAGCUGGAAGUGUUCUCAUCGGACCCCACUCUGGAUCGUGUCUUACCUGGCAGACUCUCUCCUGUGUCCUCCCAGGAGCUUCAAGUGAAACUUCAGAGACGUUCCUUUGUGAUGUCUAGCCAUAGACCGCGUCCAUUCUUCGAAGCGAAAGACGCAAUGGACAGCUCGGAGGAAUCUGGGGUUGAAGUCAAGAUCCUCGAUAAGAGCCAAAUCUUCUCCUGUAGCCAGCUUUCCGAUAGCUGUGCAUCAGCGGUGUCCUUACCCAUUUGUCCGCAGGAUAAAACCGAAGUAGACAGCGUAAGAGGACUAAAAAGACCCGGAUCCGGAUCCUUCCAUUCCUCCAUUAGCUCCGCCAAGAGCCGCAUCGAAGACAGACCCCGAUCAGGCAGUUUUGUGGGAGUCACGGGGCAGGCGGGGAUCAGACACAAGUCAGGAGGACCGGUGGAAGAUGGAACGUUAAGCCUGAAGGAAAGGGAGCAGUGUAAGGAUCUGCACCCUGGAGGAAGAUCUUUUACAGCGGGAAGAUUUAGGCAGGAGCAGAAAAGCUCGGGUCUUCCGUGGGGAAGGCGGGAUAGUGCAAAAAAAGCGGAAUCGGCGAAAACCGUAGAUGCUGUCGCAUCGGAGGAAGUGGAAGCGACGGAGGUGCCCGUGGUGGCAACAAAGGUGGAAGUCAAAGAAGAAGAAGAAGAAGGAAAGACCAUGUUCGGGUUUAAACUGCGCUCCACUUCUAACUCCAUGAGAUUUUGGUCAGAUGGAUCUUGCAGGCGUCAGUCAAGGAAGCCGUCGACUGAGGAGCCAAGUGAUGGACUGAAAAGUCAACAAAGUAAAGACACUGAAAGCCUGUCCAAAAAUGCCAAUGCUGGAGAUUUCACACAGACAGACCCAGCCCUCCCAGCCAAGCUAAGCCCUCCAUCUAUCUUUGAGGCUCCCACCUUACCUACAGACGUCCAAAAAACCUCCUUACAUCAGUCUCAGGAGCAAACGGCUUCGCCUGAGCUAUCCUGGGUAAGCCUGGCAAUGGAAAAAACCAGAAGCUUCCACCAGCUUUUUGCAAGACGAUUUCCCAAGGAUUUUACGAGUACCGCUCCACAACCAACAGCGCAGACACCAAACCUCGGUGAGAUAUUACAUGUGAAAUCUCAGACUAUAAGAUCACCCGAUGGCGGCAAAGGUAUAACGGAGCCUAUCGAAUCACCCCAAAAGACAACCGACACAUGGAAGGAACCGGAAGUGCCACCAUCACAUGUAAAUACAAGUCAGCCGACCUCGACAACAAAUGUAUGGAUGACCCGAUCUCCAUUGCGCUCCGCUCCCCUAUCAGACAGCCCGUCUACUGUCACUCAAUCACUAGCGCCGUCUUACCAGGCCUCAGAGCAGCAUCCGCCACCUUGGAGCCACCGAGGUCUUCACGCUAUAGCACAGCAGCCCAAGUAUACAACACCAGCAGUGGACGAAGGGAAAUGGACAGUGCAAGAAAAGGAGGAGAGCCCCUCGCUGCUGGCCAAACACAGCGCUUGGGCUGGAUCGGUCAGCGAGAAGGCUGCGUUUUUGGAGAGACAUACAGAGUGGUGUUGUCCAUCUGGGACAAAGGGGGUAGAGUUGAGGAAAGCGCAACUGGAAACCAAGACAUCGAAUGAACCCCGCACACAAAGCAAAGACUCAAAACCUGAGGGAAGAGAAGGGUUCAAACCUCCAGAGUCCCAGAGCCCCGCCCGAGUUCCUGACAGACCUCGAGAGGAGAAAUGGAUGCGCAAAAACCUGGGGUCUUCUCCGUCGCCUUCCUCGUCACCCAUCCUGAGGUCCGUGCCCGAUAAUGCUCAGCCCUCAUGGAUGGAACUGGCCAAGAGGAAGUCCAUGGCGUGGAGUGACAAGACCAUGGACUAAGGAGACAAAUACAACUUAUGUUUUUCACAAUUUGAAACAUGUUUUUUUUAAUGGUCAGUACCCCAAGGUUCAGAGCAUACUUAUCAGUCUUUUUCAAGGCUGAAAUGGAAAAUUAGCCUGUUUUGAAUGGGAAGUCCCAUCUCAUGCGAAUGAGCCACUUCUGCAGGGUGUGCUAAGGUGAGAGUGGUUUACGAUACUCCGACGAAUGGGGGCAAAGCCUGGAAAGGAUUCUUUGACCAAAGUCUAAAUAAGCGAGUGUGAACUGCGAAGCCACGACAACAGUAAACGCAUGGAUUGUUUUUUCGCAUGUGGAGGCAGCACUUCAUCUCUUAAGUCUCCGAAUUACACUUUUGGUAUGCGGAUCUGCGCAUAUUCCAAACUCUUUGUGAGGGCGGUAUUAUAUAAAAUAGUCGAGCUUAGUCAGAGAUACAUUUCAAAAAUAGAUAGCUCCAAAAUGAUUUAUGUACUUGUUGAAUUUCACACUUAGUGGACAGGCAGGCACUUCAGAGACUCAACUAUUAUUAAAUCAAUUUUUCAUGAUCUAUCCCCUUUAAAUGUGAAUCGGGCUCUGUAACCUAGUACCAGGUUUUGGACAAAGCCACUGCAGAAAAACUGUGUAAACAACAGGAUAGGGAAAAUGCAGUCUUGCGGGUGACUUGCACACCAUCAAAGAAUUUGGACAGGACAGUCAAGCAGUUGCAAAAGCAAAUUAAAGUCCUCAGAGUAUUUUAUAUAAGCCCCCAAAACAUUUAACCAACAGCUGAUCAUCAUGUAUAAUAAUAAACAUUUGUUAAAUUGUUGCAUUCCUUAAAUGUAGUCUGAAAACUGAUAUAGGAAAGCAAUUCUUCACCUUUGCUUUGGGCAAGCUACAGCUUCAUGGACGACAGGGUUUAAGAUGUUUAAUCCAUUUGUAAUUCUAUCCAUAGGUUUGCGUAUUGAUCUGUAAUAUACUGUAAAGUUUUCGUGUUAUUUUCACAAUAAACUCUCCAACUCUUUGAAAUAAACAAUAUUUCUGGAA